AUGGGGCCCCCGGGCAAUAGGGGAUCAUAGGGCCCCUGUGUCCUUGCCCAAACUCAAAAAAGCCUAUGAAAAAGUGCAUACUAGGGGUAAUACUCUCCCCAACAUCGAAGCACACAGAAACACAGAAAGAACACAAAAACAACAUUCAGAUAUGGUCCUUGGCAGGGGCGGACUGACAACUCAUGGGGCCCUCGGGCAAUAGGGGAUCAUGGGGCCCCUGUGUCCUUGCCCAAACUCAAAAAAGCCUAUGAAAAAAGGUACCAGGGGCAUCUCAUGGGGCCCCCUACUGACCCUGGGCCCUCGGGCAGUGCCCGAGUUUCCAAAUGGUCAGUCCGCCCCUGGU